AUGUCAAACCAGCGGUUGAGUCGUGGCCCUGCGGCCUCUUGCGCCCCUUGCCUUUGCAGCCCUGGUGUCGGCCAUCAAUCUGUGGCCACACACGACUUGCGCAAUCUGCAUGCGAUUCAAGUUUCAUUGUUGAUCUGCAAAUCCGUCCACUUCGCGUGCUCACAGCUGCGAAGUCACGGCGAAGCCCUGCUGCUGUGGAUGGCAGACUUCUGCGAUUUUGCGAGGCCCUUUGGACGAGCGGAUUUGCUUCGAGAUGGUUGGUUGAUGUUGAGGUCUUGCACAAAGAAGACGUCCGUGGUCUAA